CUAAGGAGUGGGUGAGGACUAAUAUUUUUGCUUCACUUCAGCAAACUAGUAAUAACAGAAAAAGAAAAAACCCAAUUCAUGAAGGGAUACCACAAUCCAGCAUCUCAGUAUCAGGGUUCUUUCUCUGGAAAUGACUUGGCACCGCACAGAGAAGAACUGGGAAGUCAGUGAACUCAUCAGAUGGCAGGAAGAGGCUGAUUAGACUGGACAGAACAUCUCUUUAUAUCAGCUGAGGUCAUUCUUCUAGAAUGCCCGAGGAUAAUUCCCCAAGACGGAGUCCUCAGAAUAUCCCUUAUCAGGACCUUCCUCAUAUGGUCAAUGCAGAUGGACAAUAUCUUUUCUGCAGAUAUUGGAAACCAGCCGGGACUCCAAGGGCCCUCGUGUUUAUCGUUCAUGGCGCUGGGGAACACUGCGGCCGCUAUGAUGACUUAGCCCAGAUGCUGACAGGACUUAACUUGUUUGUAUUUGCUCAUGACCAUGUUGGCCAUGGGCAGAGUGAAGGUGACCGCAUGGUUGUGUCAGAUUUCCACAUUUUCAUCAGAGACAGCUUGCAACACAUUGAACUCAUGAAAAAGGAUCAUCCAGACCUUCCAGUUUUUAUUCUGGGGCAUUCCAUGGGAGGAGCCAUCUCCAUCUUGACUGCCUGCGAGAAACCAGACGAGUUUUCAGGCAUGGUGUUAAUUUCUCCUUUAGUUGUAGCAAGCCCAGAGGCCGCAACGCCUAUCAAGGUGUUUGCAGCUAAAGUGCUCAACUUGGUUCUACCAAACCUGACACUGGGAGCGAUAGACCCAAAUGUGGUUUCCCGGAACAAAAAGGAGGUUGAAUCUUACACCUCUGACCCCCUGGUCUACCAUGGGGGCAUGAAGGUCUCCUUUGUCAUCCAGCUGAUGAACGCCAUUGCCAAAAUAGAGCGAUCCCUGCCUAAACUGACUCUGCCAGUCCUGGUGCUACAUGGUUCGCUCGACAAACUCUGUGACAUCAAAGGCUCCUACUUACUGAUGGACACCGUGCAGAGUCAGGACAAAACACUCAAGGUGUAUGAUGAGGCCUAUCAUGCUCUCCAUAGAGAGCUGCCAGAAGUCAGCACUGCUGUGUUUCAGGAAAUACUAACAUGGAUUGGUCAGAAGGUCUCAGCAGAUGGAGGACCAAGCCACACUUAAGAACAACUGCCUUCUUACCUUCUCAUUGGUCUUCUGGGGAUGGAAGCUUGUUUGGUUGUUUCUUUCUUUUAAUUCUCUCUGGAAAAAGAUUUACCUAAGAGGGACUCCUAGGAUACUUUGCUAUGAAUAGACAUUCCUGUUACAUAGGAGGGAGAUACCACUUGGUCAUUUAAAGAGACCACUGCCCUAAAGCAGGAAAGGGAAUUAUGGCAGCAUAAGAAGUCACUGAAAACUUUCCAGGUUGGUUAUUGUUCUACAAGGCUCCCAUUAAAAAAAAGCCCCCAAAGCCCCCCAUCUUCCUCCGUGUUCUUUGUUUUCUCUGGAAUUCCUGAUGUGCCACGGAGGUUUUUAUUCUGCAAUAAUCUUGGGAAUGCUCAGUAAUUCUGCAUCUUUCCUUUCAUUCUGUUUCUGCUCCUGUGGAGUACGGUCCCUUUCCCUGCUCCUGCAGGUACAGAACAUGAUGUAUAAGAACUUAAGAAGAAGUGUUUACCGUUGAGAAGAGACUACUAGAGAGAGUUAGCAAAGAGAGCUGGGGGUGGGGGAGCGGAAUCAUUCUAUACAUGAAGGUGAAAAGCUAAUUUUCUAGGUAAACUAAUUUGAAGUAACCACUCCUAGCACAUGAGGCCUGAAGGAUAGGCACCAAGCAGCGGCCCCUAUCCUGGCACUUUGCUUUGCACUCUAGAAACACAUGUUUAACAGCUAUUUAAUUCCCAGCACCAGGGCAGAGGGAUUAAUGUAGAAUAAGUUAUACUUAAAACCUACUAAGCACACACAAGUGGUGCAACUUCCAAAUACCAAACUCCCUCCCCUCUGCAAGAUGAACUACUCUGUAAAUAUUCCUAGAAGCUGCUUUUUUUUAAAAAAAAAUACUUGCGCUACUGAUACUUAAGAUGUAAAGUCAAAGUUUUAUUUAAGAAGAAAUAUUAAUAUACUAUAUAAUGUGGAUCUUGGCAGCUCAGAGAGCUGUCAAUGAGGAAGGGAGCAGAGUCUGAAGAUCUAACUAAUUGUCCUCACCCCAGCACUGUCUUAGCCAUUGCAAAGUUUUCCUACCAUGGUCCAUUCCUCUCAUCACUGCUCCACAGCAAUCAUUUGUCCUUUCCCUCAUCAGCUGACAAUGGGCAGAAAUGCUAGUCAAGCUUAGAACAUCUAGGGAAGGGAAGGGCAUGUAUCCCCACUGUCCAUUUAUUUACUAAGAGCCUCAAAAUGUUGUUACUAGGUUCCCCUGCAAGCACUUCUAACCCUGUGAAAAGGUUGUUCUUGAGUGAUCCUUCUAGAUUUAGCAGCUGUGUGGCAAUGAAGGGUAGUACUUACUCCUGAGAUUUUGUUUAAAAGCAGAUCUUCAAGCAGAUAGGUAGCAGAACAUCUGUAUCUGCAUAUUGGGGCUACAUAGAACAAGCCAUAUGGAAGGAUACUGAUGAACCUACCACGAGGACAACUAGAAAGUUUGCAAAUCCAGCAGAUUCCAAUACUGUUUGGAAGCUGCAGCUCCAGAUGCCAGAGUUGACUGGUCUUUCAUACCAGCAAAGCUCGAGGAAGACUUCUAGGAGAACUUGCCAUGUGAAAACUCACUCACGUGGCAAGUGAGUGUGUAUCAGCCCAUUAGCCUUUCCUGGGGCAAUUGUGUUACAACUUGUCUAUAUGGGAAAAUUUACUACCAGAAUUAUGCUGAUAUACCUCUAUGGUUAUACCAGAAUAGACUCCCUGUGUGGAUGCAUCCACACAGUUAAACUGGUAUAUUCACACCAGGGUAGUUUUGCCAGGCAAUGGCCCAUGCCAACAUGUCCUCAGUAAUAGGCCUCUGCUCACAUGCCUUUUCCUCCCAUUCCCUUAGGCAUUCAAACACUAAGUCCAUCAAAGUUCGGCAGAGGGUGGUGGAACCAUUUCACCACUGAGAAAAACUCCUUUUCUUGGCUCCCAUUUUAAAGAGGCCAGUCUCCCCUACAGGCACAGCAGCUGGAGUCAGCACAGCUCCUUCAUGCUCCCUUUCCACCUCCACCCUGAAGGAGAACAGUGCUCCCAUUGUGACAGUCUGUUCCUGUUUCAGUGGCAAGGAAGGCCAUGCACCACUAUUAUACCAACACAUCAGGUCUCAGGAAAGGUCACCCUUUUGCAUUAACAAUAAGCAUCAGAGCUUGACUCAUUCGCUCACACCUGUUCUCUAAUAAGGGUUUGAGAAGUUAAUGGCAUUCCAGGGCUUGCAACUGUGUAGUCAGUGCAUGGAAUGAGAAAUGCUGUUCUUUACAGAUUGGCUCUGCAUUAGUACAGCUCUGGUUUCCUGGCUGUAAUCUGAGACGCCAUUACAGAUCUUAGCUGGACUUGAAUUUAAAACCCUGUUCCAGCCAUUACAAUCAACUGCUUACCACCACCAGCGGUAAACCCCCCACAGUGGCUUCUGGGCAUCAACACAAGGGGAAGCUCAGGAGCUUCCAGUGACCGGGUUUGUUUUUCUGCUAAGGAUAAGUCCCUUCCCCUCCCUCAAUUGCUUUCCUGCCCCUCCCGCCCAACCAUGAGGGGAGAGAGUGAGCAAGGAGACCUUACACUGAUGGGAGACCCUGCCUACCUCUUAGGCCUUGAGCAUGCAUCAGGUAGGCUAAUCAUACAACGAUGUGUGCUAGAGUAUUAUGGGGAAUACUAGAUGUGUUUUAUAAACAAAAAGAGGGGAUUAAAAGGUCUGAUUUUUUUUCAAAAGCAUUCAGUGAUUUCCUGAGUCUGCCCCCCUUGAAGUUAAUGGGAAUUUUACCUUUGACUUAAAUUGGAACAAAGUUAGUUGAGUGCUGAGCUCUUUUGCAGGGCAGGAGGAGAAUCUUAAAUAAACAAGCACUUGGUGGGGGGAGGGUGAGUAAAACUCACCCUGCAGUGAGAUGGCCACAGCCCUGCUGCUCCCUUUACCAGUUUGUGGCCAUAGGAAGGCCUGGGGUCAGUGGUUUUCAUUAGCUCUGUUCUUUAGCCCGAGAGAGGGCUGCUUUCCGCCUGUGCUUCGCAUCAAUAUAUAAGAAGAAAAUGAGGCUGAUAAAAAGACCUGUCCAUCUAGGCUCAACAGAGCCAUACAGGAAGAGGAAGCUGGUUAACAAUAACAUGUUCAGCUGACAAUUGGUACGGCUGAGCUAGCUGCUGUUUCAGACCAUUUUCUGAAGCGCUGCCUUUUGGGAAAUGGGGCCCAGAGAAGAUUUAGCUGAGAAAUUAAGGGCCAGUUUUUAACAGGCUUGAACAGAGCUGAGAUCACACUGUUGAAUGUAGAAACAGCACCAGACCCUCAGCUGGCAUACAUCGGUGCUCAGUUGGAACUGUAAGAUCCAUGUGUAAAUCAACAUAGCCCUAGGGAGGUAAUUUGUGCUACACUGAUGGAGAGCAGUUGGAGAUCUGCCCCACAUUUACAUUCUAGCUGCUAGUCAAUCCAUUGCCAGAGGUUCAAACUGGCUUAAACUAACACAGUUUUCACCAUGUCCUCAUGGAAAUCCCUUCUUGAUCAACUUCAUUAUCAGCAGGUAGCUCUGCAACCUGUGGAAAUGUUACUAAAACCUUUAUUUUCAAAUACCAUGGAUGCUUGAGGGUAGGGAUGUUAAAUUUCAAUUAAUCAGCUAAUUGAGGGAAUUUUCAUCGACAAAUUGAUUAGUCAAUAAGGGGGGCGCUCGCUAUACCACUGCGCCUCUCCUUUGAAAUGUACAAGAGCCGCCCACGGCUCUUGUACAUUUCAAAGGGAGAGAGGCAGCGGAAACCUGCAACAGCAGGGACCGAAGUAGUCCCCACUGGCACGGGUUCUCCUCCGUGCCUCUUCCGUUGAAAUGUACAAAAGCCGCAGGUAGAGGAGCAGCAGUUGGAUUAGCGCAAGUGGGACUGUUUUAAUCCCUGUUCGCUUUGUUUCCACACUGCCCUCUGCCUCCCCUAAGCCCCGUGGAGACAGUGCUGAGAGGGACCGGCUUUUGGGCCGGCUCACCCCAGCACUGGCUCCUGCUCCCCGCCCCUUGCUGCCUCUCUCUGAUGGAGGCAGCAAGGGGGGGAAGCGACUAGAUAAGUUCCUACUUGACUAAGCAUUUGCUUAUCCGGUAGUUGACUAUUUGCUUACAUCCCUGCUUUAGGGGAAGCACUGCUGGCCUUAUGAAAUUCCAGACUGCUCUGCUGAGACAAAGGGGGAUCCUUUCCCUUUGACAAUAGAGUGCAUUUAUGACAGAGCAAUAGUAAUCUAACUACUGUAUAUAUAUCACCACCUGUAACAUACUCACAAUGUGUAAUCCACACACUUUUCUAUUUAGCCUGCUCUUUUUAUAUUGGUCACCCUAAUACACUGUCAGCAUAAGCCUGUAGAGAUCACUUAUUUUCCAAGUAAUUUCUGAGCCCAUCUGUCAUUUCAGUGUGCUCCAGUUUAAUGCAAUAUAUACACAUGUGCAUACAUGUAUUUUCAGUGAGACAAGUGUGUACACGUUUAGGAUUCUUUAAAAGGAAUACAAUGUAUAUUGCACUGAAUAAUAAAGUUAUGUUUUCUGAA